AUGAAUAAAUUUCGAAGUUUCUGUCGUGUAAGUGCACAGUAUCAACAAAUACGGCUGGGUCAUAAAAUGAGAGGAAAGCCUCCUAUAUACUGUAGAACUAUAAAAGAAAGGUUAGACGAAUUGAACUAUAAAGAUGAACUCUAUACAACGAGGAUUGACAUAGGAUUUCCACAAGAAAAGAAAACAUCAACUGCUUCACGUGGGGAAAGGAUGGAAGAUUUAAAGAAAGUAAAAAAUGAUAAAAGUAUGGAACAGUUGGCUCGUAAAGGUCUGUUGGAAAUUGAUUUGGAACAAUCGAGGAAAGACUGGCUUGAAACACUAGGGCCAUUGCAUAAAAAACAGAUAGCUGAUCAUUAUGGAAUAUUUGAACAUCUUUAUGCAGAAGGUUUUUUUAUACCUCACUUGAAUCUGGACAUUUUCUAUGAUCUAAAGGAUGGCAAUUGCUUACCUGUUUAUUAUGGGAAUGUAAUUAAACCCAAAGAAGCUUUGGAGAGUCCUAUUGUAAGUUAUAUGUCUGAUAGAAACUCCUUAUGGACAUUAGCUAUGACUAAUUUGGAUGGUCAUUUAACUGAUAAUGAUCAGGAAUAUGUACACUGGUUUAUUGCCAAUAUUCCAGGCAAUUCUAUAGAAAAAGGAGAUGUCUUAGCAGAGUAUUUAAGGCCAUUCCCAUUGAAAGGUACAGGUUACCACCGAUAUGCUUUUGUUCUUUAUAAACAAGAUGGACAGAUUUCAUAUGAUUUACCUAGAGUCACAGCAUCAUCACCCUUAGAGGAUAGAACUUUUAAUACUCGAGAAUGGUAUAAAAAGUAUCAAGAUAACAUCACUCCCAUUGGACUUGCGUUUUACCAGAGUGACUGGGAUUUGUCUGUUACAGAUUUCUUUCAUUCUACAUUAAAUCAAAAAGAGCCAAUUUAUGAAUAUGAUUUCCCCGAGCCAUAUAUCAGACCUCAAGAAUGGUUUCCACGUAGAAAACCAUUUAAUCUAUACAUGGAUAAAUAUAGAGACCCAAAACAAAUUAACAAGGAAUUUUUAAUACGAAAAUUUAAAUCUGAAGAUCCAUUUAAGACUCCACCUCCACCUUUGAAGUUCCCGAAUGCCCAACCGUUACCAAGGGAAAUGCCAUCAUGGUUGAAAUUAGAAGAAAGAAAGAUAAGGCUUCGUUGGGGAAGAGUAAAUGAUGUU